UUAGGUGUAGAAUUCACAAAUAUAUACUUGAUAAAAAUUUCGAAACAGAACAGAAAUAAUGCAGUAAUCAGCUUUAGAUGUACUUGAGUGCACCCUUCUUUUCUCCCCUUACCCAACUACAAAACCCAAAGCAACCCAUCAACUCAAGAAGAAGCAGUUUACAACAUUUUACUUCAUUAGGUUUGAAUGUUUUGUUAAAGGAAAUACAAGAUCGAACAUGAUGAUCCCAGCAUGUUUCAGCCACCCCAACACACUCUCAAGUGCCUCCCAAUUGCCUCAAAGUCUCAUUACAUGCAUAUACCAAACUCAAUUCUGCAACUCCCCAACCUAUCUCACGCUCUCUUGGUCUAAAACUCUCUUCUCUCAUUCCCUAACUGUAUUUGCUUCAGAUUCUUUCUCCAUCACCAUCCCUCUCUACCCAUCAACCUUCUCCUUCUUUAGGAACAAACCAGGCUCCAAAUCCAUCUGCUUAACUCACCACCACUACCAAAGAAUCAAGCUUUACUGGGAUUUCACUCGAGCUCAGUUCACCCACAACUCCGCUGAGCCAGAUUCAUGUUUCUACAUUGCCAUUAUUUGCAAUGCAAGAUUAGAAUUCUUUCUUGGUGAUCUUCAAUCCGAGUUGACUCGUCGAGUCAGCAGCGGUUUAGUCCUGACCCGCCAAGUCGUGGCCGAACCAACUCUGUUAUCUAGAAGGGAGCAUGUCUUUGGACAUAAGAGUUACGCAUCUAGAGCUGAGUUCUUAGGUUCUAAACAUGAGAUUGGAAUAGAAUGUAAUGGAGGUGCACUUAUAGUAAAAGUUGACGGUGAAAUAAGCCUCGUUGUUAAAAGAUUGGCAUGGAAAUUUAGAGGCAACGAAAGAUUUUUUGUUGGUGGCAUGGAAGUUGAAUUCUUCUGGGAUGUAUUCAACUGGGUUAACAACAGCAACGGCAACAACAAUCAUGGCCAUGGUGUGUUUAUUUUCCAAGUCGGCGAUGGUGGUGUAUGGCCAGAAAUGGUAGGUCUAGAGAAGAGGUUGAUAAGGAAGAGUUUGUCGUCGUCGGUAGGGCAAAGUCAGACACUGAUGCCAGCGGCAAUGGCGUCAUUGUCACCGUCACCGUCGUGCUCGAGUGUGCUGCAAUGGGCGGAAGAAAGUAGCGACUGUGGGAGAAGUUCAUGUUCUUCAUCUACCACUAGGUCAUGUGGAAGUAAUAAUGGAGGGUUCUCUUUGCUGUUGUAUGCUUGGAGAAGGGAUUAACAAAAAUGUUUUAAUGUUGAUUUUGCAUAUGUGAUUACUAAGUAACUAUAUUGUUUUCUUUGAAUUAAUUAAUUUCCUUAUACCAUGUGAAUUGCAACAAUUAAUAUCUUUUGGU